UUUCGCGCCUUUUCCGGAAAUAAAUCCGGCGGGGGUUUCUGGUUUUGAGUACACGUGAACAGCGUCAUCCAAUCAGCUGGUAAAUUGUGAGGCCGGCGCUAAAUUGUCAAUGUUUUCUUUGCGUGCUUGUUUUGUAUCUUGUAGUUUAAACUUAUCCCAAUAUUAAAGUGAAUUUAUAAAGUGAGAUACUGGCAGAAGCUAGAUGACUUUAGGUGGUUCAUUUUAUAGAACGUUGACUAUUACGAUUUCUGACCUUCAAACUUAUCCUAAAUAUUGUCGCCAUUUUGACCAUGCUAUUUAAGACUGAGAUAGUUUAUUUUCAUUUGUGUAUUUCUUAGUUGCCCUAGCGAGAUUUGUAAAUGGAUGCCCUAUUUGAAGAAGGACUACGACAAUGUCCCAGAAUACUAGUAUAGUAAAUUUCCUAAUACAUGACGCCAAUGGGCAGCCUCAAAUGGUUAAAGUAGUACAAAAUACGAACACUCAACCUAUUGCUCAAAUCAAAAUCAAACAAAAUCCUGUAAAAGUGUUUAAAGUAUCUGCUACGAACGAGGGAAAUAAUCAAACUCCAGUAUAUCAACCUAUCAAAUUAACAGGGAUUAAGUGUGCUUCAAAAUUAGUUCAAGUACCUGUUGACACUUUGGCUCGUUUACAAAAGAUCACACCUAAAACAGAGCCAAAAUCUCCAUCACCUGAUAUUGUUAACAAUCAAAACCAAUUGACUGAACUUAAGGUAAUCGAGCCUAUACCAGAAUUAGUGCCUAUUUUGGCCAAAUCAGAACCUGUAGAUAACCUUGUAGAUAGCAAAGGAAUUGUACCUGAUCUCACAGAUCCUGCAGAAAAUAAAACUUGCUUACCCACAACUAUGUCACAUGCUUCAAGAAGAAGACAUGACUCUGACAAUGACCCUCCUGCAGAAUACACUACAAAGAGGCGUAAACAUGCAGACAAAGUUGGUAAAGGUUUAAGGCAUUUUUCAAUGAAAGUCUGUGAAAAAGUGAGAAAUAAAGGGUUCACAUCAUACAAUGAAGUAGCAGAUGAAUUAGUACUAGAAUUUGCAGCUGGAAUGCAUGGUUCUGCUGACAGCCAAAACAUAAGGAGAAGAGUAUAUGAUGCUUUAAAUGUGCUAAUGGCUAUGAAUAUUAUAUCAAAAGAAAAAAAGGAAAUCAGAUGGCUUGGGCUUCCAACUAAUUCAGUACAGGAAUGUACGGCAUUAGAAAAAGAAAAGCAAUCAAAACUUGAACAGAUACAGAAGAAAACGCAACAACUACAAGAACUGAUACUACAGCAUAUCUCAUUUAAAAGUUUAAUAGAAAGGAAUAAAGAUGCAGAGAACAAGGGUAUAAAACCUUCUCCAUCAUCAGCCAUACAUUUACCAUUUAUAGUUGUAAAUACAAGUGACAAAGCAUUAAUUGACUGUAGUAUUUCUAAUGAUAAGACAGAAUAUAUGUUUAACUUUAACAAAAGGUUUCAAAUACAUGAUGAUAUUGAUAUAUUAAAAAGAAUGGGGCUCUUAUUUGGAUUAGACAAAGGUGAAUGUACAGAAGAAGAUAUUGAGAAAGUUAAAAGUAUGGUACCAAAGUCAUUAGAAAGUUAUGUGGAACAAAUGGGUAGAGGAGUAAAUAAUACUCUAUCAGAUAUUCUUGAUGACGAAGAUAUUGAAGAUGUUGGUGAUGAAGAAGACACACUAGAAGGCGAGGCUGAAGCAGAUGAACAGGAAGUGGAAGGAAACGAUUAUAGUGAAGACAGCAGUGAUGUAGAUGUUUAGCAACACGCCGUAUGCAUUUUCUAUCACUAUAAUAUUUGUACUGUAUAUUAGAGGUCAAAUUUUUCAGAGUAUGCCGUUAUUUUUUGAUCGCAAUAUGAAUUGUUGGUAAAAAUUCGUAAGGACUAUGAAUACUUUGUAAAUAAAGUUAGCGUUAUAUGUCAUCAGUAAUGCUUUCAGAAAACACUAAUAAUUAAUACAAAUUGCAAAAAUAUAUGUGUACAUAUCAUAAUAAAUAUUUGAUUAAACAUUUAAAAUGUUUGUAUUCAUGAAUUUUAUGCAAUCGUAAACAAUACUUAUUGUUUAAUAUGAUUUUAUAAUGUGUAUUAUGAAAACAUUUUCAAAAAUUAUUUUUAUAUGUAUAAGUAUAUAAAAAUAUAAUAAUAACAAAACACCCAAGGUCCAUUUUUACAGAUUGUAUAAAGAAACUUUAAGAAUCUCGACUGUGAACAUUGUUUUAUAUUUAUUGCAAAAAUUAUGUUUAAUUAAUUUUGCCCAAAUAUGUAUAGACUUCAAGAAAAUAUAUGGCUAUAUGACAUAAUUUCGCCAUUUCGUUUAAAUAGUUUUCUUGGCAAUUUUGAUUUAAUAUUAUAUUAUCUAUAUGAAGUAUUAUAGAUAUUUGCUUAAUGUCUAAUGUAAAUAUAAAAUUAUGUGUAAAAUAUAAACAUUACUGAUGACACUAACAAAGUGUUAAUGCUAAAGUUUUUAUUCAAUAUUAAUUUGCUACAUAUGUUUAUUGUUAGUGUUUGAUUUAUGUAUGUUACUACCAUAACAUAUUUUGUAUUCCGGCAAAAUAAAGCUUUUUUAUGUUUAAAACUUGAUCUCACAAUGAAAAGUGUAACCUAAAAACUUGCACAAGAUGAGAGAAUUUCUCAAAAUUAAAUUAAAAAAGAUGUCCAGUUUUAAAAAAAUCUAUAAUUUACAUUUCAAAUUUGGAAUUGUUUAAAAAGACGAAAAUA